AUGUAUUAUAAUGAUAGACAUGUAUCGGUUCGAAGCAAUGAGAACGAUCUCGAGGAUAAAGACGAUUUACUUGAUAAACAACAUUUAUCCGAUGUUGCCAUGGAAAAACUUCGAAGUGUUAUUAAGACAAAGGCUGCCGGAGAAUUGAUCAUCAAAUUAUCUAAUUUGGAACAAACACUUCAUUUAGCUGGACAAAAUAUGACAAAAACUACGAUAGAAAAAAUAAAAAAUACCCUAGAAGAAACUUAUCAUACCGAUGAAUAUUUUCUUGACGAAAUUGAAUCUAUUCUGGCACCUCAUUGGGAAGAAUUAACAGAUGAUGAUAUAGCACUUUUAUUAAUAAAAUCAUUCGAAAUAUUUGAUAGUGAACAACAAGGUUCUAUUUCUAAACAAGACUUAAUCCAAAAUCUCACAACCUUAGGUGAAAUGCCGUUGGCUAUGAACGAUUUUCAAAUUAUGUUUUCGAUGAUCGAUAAGUCGAAACGAUCAUUAAAUACAUUUCAUUAUCAUCAAUUUGUUCACAAACUUUGCGGCUCAGUAAAGGCGAAGAAAAAAACAAAGAAAAAAAAACACUUCAUGAUUUCUAAUAAACAGAUACAUUAG